AUGAAAUCAGAACACAGGAAGGAAAAAGGAAACCAAGUGUGUUACAAGCACUCAUGUAGCAAGGAGACUUCAUACCAGAAAUUACACCAGGAGUUGGAAACCAGGAAGGAACUGCUCACUGACCAUCAGAUUACAGAUUCUGGAGAAAAGCCACAUCUGUGUUUGCUGUGUGGAAAGGCUUUUACACAGAAGGAUGAUCUCACGCUACAUCAGAGGAUCCAUACUGGAGAAAAGCCACAUCAGUGUUUGCAGUGUGGAAAGGCCUUUACACAAAAGAGUCAUCUCAAGGAACAUCAGAGGAUCCAUUCUGGAGAAAAGUCACAUCAGUGUUCUCAGUGUGGAAAGGCCUUUAGACUAAAGGGUAAUCUCAAGACACAUCAGAAGAUCCAUACUGGAGAAAAGCCACAUCAGUGUUCUCAGUGUGGAAAGGCCUUUACACAAAGGAGUCAUCUCAAGGAACAUCAGAGGAUCCAUACUGGAGAAAAGCCACAUCAGUGUUUGCAGUGUGGAAAGGCCUUUACACAAAAGAGUGAUCUCAAGACACAUCAGAUGAUCCACUCUGGAGAAAAGCCACAUCAGUGUUCUCAGUGUGGAAAGGCCUUUGCAUUGAAGGGUAAUCUCACGGUACAUCAGAGGACCCAUACUAGAGAAAAGCCACAUCAAUGUACUCAGUGUGGAAAGGCCUUUACACAGAAGGGUCAUCUCAAGACACAUCAGAUGAUCCACUCUGGAGAAAAGCCACAUCAGUGUUCUCAGUGUGGAAAGGCCUUUAUAUGGAAGAGUGAUCUCAAGACACAUCAGAAGAUCCAUACUGGAGAAAAGCCACAUCAAUGUACCCAGUGUGGAAAGGCCUUUAAACAGAAGGGUCAUCUCAAGACACAUCAGAGGAUCCAUACGGGAGAAAAGCCAUAUCCAUGUUCUCAGUGUGGGAAGUGUUUUGGGUUCAACUCAGAUCUCAAAAAACACCAGAGGAUUCAUACUCGAAAACGAAAAACAUACCACACUAGGACUUUUACACAACUGGCUCAAUUGAGCAGACAUCAGAAACCUCACAAGAACUGA